GCAGGGCCCCUGCUCUGCUCUCUGAGACCGAGCCGUGUGAAUGAGCAGAAAAGUAAUGGCAGGCAGAGGCAGGCAGCGGCGAGAAGCAAGAAGAAAAGCGAGGCGAGCAAGCAAAUCGAGGCAAGAAAGCGAGGGAAGGGCAGAGUCUGCAGCCAGCAGCCCCACGCCGCCGCUGCGCCGCGCCACGCCGCGGGUUACGGCCUGUCGUUAGGGAUUGCUGCCGUCGGGCGCGUCGCGCCUCCGUGGCGGUGGCGGGAGGGGCCGCGAGAUGAUGGAGGCCGGCGGAGGAGGAGCGGGAGCAGGAGGGAGGGACGAGAGGGUGCCGCAGUGGGGCGCGCAGGAGACGCGGGAGCUCAUCGCGGCGCGCGGGGAGGUGGAGCGGGAGGCCGACGCCGCGCGCCGCAGCGCCAAGACGAUGUGGGAGGCCGUCGCCGCGCGGCUCCGGGAGCGCGGGUACCGCCGGACCGCCGACCAGUGCAAGUGCAAAUGGAAGAACCUCGUCAACCGCUACAAGGGGAAAGAAACUUCUGAUCCAGAAAAUGGCAGACAGUGUCCCUUCUUUGAAGAGCUGCAUGCCGUCUUCACAGAACGUGCUAGAAAUAUGCAACGCCAGCUCCUUGAGUCUGAAUCUGGAGCUUCUGUUAAAAGGAAACUGAAGCGACCUAGUGGUGAUCGGUCAUCUGGGGAGUCUGGUGACGAUGACGAUGGUGGUGAAGAAAGCGAAGAUGAGAAACCCAUUCACAGCAGAAAGAGGAAAGCUGAUGACAAGAAACAACAAUCCCAACGAAUGCUAGAGAAGUCUAGAACAGGCGUGUCAAACAUCCAUGAACUGCUGCAGGAUUUCCUGGCACAGCAACAGCGCAUCGACAUCCAGUGGCAGGAGAUGAUGGAGAAGCGUGCCAAUGAGCGGGUUGUUUUCGAACAAGAAUGGCGGCAGUCGAUGCAGAAGCUGGAGCACGAGAGAUUGAUGCUGGAACACUCGUGGAUACAACGGGAGGAACAAAGACGGAUGAGAGAGGAAGCACGAGCUGAUAAAAGGGACGCCCUCCUGACCACUCUGUUGAACAAACUCCUGCAAGAAGACUUGUAGAAUGGAGACUUAAUAUUCACUUGAGUCUGUUUGCUCACCAUGUCUCAUCGAUUCUUUGUAGCUCUUGCUCAUGCUGACAUUGUUCAAAAGAAAAUUUGUUCUUUGUAGCAUUUUUAUUAGGUUCCUAGGGCUCUUUACCAGUUGUUUAGCGCAGUGAUGUUAAUAGUAUGUUUAAUUGUAAACUACAGAUAAAUGAUGCCCCUAAAGUAUGAGACUUCGCUAGCUAUUGGAUUGAAAUACAAUGGUGAAUAUCCAUUCAUUU